CUGGUGCCUGCUAUGAUGUCCUCUCUAAAAGCCUGGGACACGCUCCUGCUCCUGCUGUGUCUGCAGUAUAGCCUACCUGCACAAAGCACCUCCAGGAGGCAGUUCAUGGAACAGCAUCACCUAAGUUCAAACGAAGAGUUCAGUGCCUACAGCUGUGAGGUCCUCAUGACAGAAAAGGCUCUGAGACCGAGGCUCUCACACCCGUUUGUUUAUAUGACAUGGUACAAAGUUGAGCAUAUAUGCAUUAGUAGCAACUGGAAAGAUCGCUACAAAAAUUUAUAUGUUUGGGCGCAGACCCCCAUUAAGGUCCUCAGGUGCCAGUGGGAGAACUUAAAAAGUAGAUAUACAGAGAAAAGGAGUUACAGCUAUGUUCAGUUCCACUGCAAUGCUGAUGGGUAUGUCGACAGCAUAGAGGACAUGAAGGUUCUAGAGCCCAUCUUCAUCUAGAAAGUCUCACCAGCUCUAGGCGGUUCUGAAAGAGCAGUGAGUAGUUCUCAAAUGUCAACCUCCCUCACACACCCUUCACUCCCCAUUGUGCCACCCAUCCCCCACCCUUUACCCCCUACUGUCCACC